UCCUCCGCUGUCCUCUGACCUUGUCUUUCUCUUCUUCGCGUCUUAAACUUUUGCAGUCCAUCCUUCUUCGACAUUCACAAUGGCUGACGAGCAUGAUCACACCUUCGAGUCCGCCGACGCUGGUGCGUCCGCGACCUUCCCCAUGCAGUGCUCUGCCCUGAGGAAGAACGGUCACGUUGUCAUCAAGGGUCGCCCGUGCAAGAUCGUCGACAUGUCCACCUCCAAGACCGGCAAGCACGGUCACGCCAAGGUCCACAUCGUCGCCAUCGAUAUCUUCACUGGCAAGAAGCUCGAAGAUCUCUCCCCCUCCACCCACAACAUGGAUGUGCCCAACGUCACCCGCAAGGAAUACCAGCUCCUCGAUGUCUCCGAGGAUGGUUUCCUCUCCCUGAUGGACGACAACGGUGCCACCAAGGACGACGUCAAGGUCCCCGAUGGUGAGAUUGGUGAGAAGAUCGACAAGAUGUUCCACCAGGACCAGAAGGACUGCAACGUCGUUAUCCUCACUGCCAUGGGUGAGGAGGCCUGCAUGGAAAUCAAGGAAGCCCCCAAGUCGGGUUAAAAAAAAUUCCCGAAUCUUAUAUUCUGGGCCCUUUCUACUUGUCGCCAAUCCUCAUGCUUCAAAGGUUCUCAUGUUCGUCAUAUCCUCAAUUUCGUGGAGGAUACGACAUUCUAGGCCACCCAUGACAUGCC